GCAAUGGACAGCACCACAAAGACUCAGUGAUUCCCCCGCAUCUCCCGGACGCUUGACGGAAACCACAGCUGACAGGCAAUCUCGGCGCUGAGUAGGGACAUCUAGAGAGAUAGUGGGAAAGUGAGAUCCAGAGAGGUGCUGUGUGGACUACCCCUUAAAAACAAAUAAGGGUUUCGUGCCUGCGACUUAAAAGCAGCAUUUUUAUCACACAUCCCGUGUUGCUCUAAAACAGCAUCAGCACAAUGGAAGAGGACCUGGAUGAGGGGCAGACCCAGAAAGGAUGCCUUGAAUGCUGCAUCAAAUGCCUGGGUGGGAUUCCGUACCCAUCCCUUAUAGCCACCAUCUUGCUGUAUGCUGGCGUGGCUCUGUUCUGCGGCUGCGGACAUGAGGCCCUUUCCGGCACCGUCACCAUCCUGCAGAACUACUUCGAGGUGAUGCGGAGCCCCGUGGAUGCACUGGAUGUGUUCACCAUGAUUGACAUCAUAAAGUACGUGAUCUACGGCAUCGCCUCAGCUUUCUUCGUUUAUGGCAUCCUGCUGAUGGUGGAGGGCUUCUUCACCAGUGGAGCCAUCAAAGACCUGUAUGGAGACUUCAAGAUCACCACCUGCGGACGCUGUGUCAGCGCUUGGUUCAUCAUGCUGACAUACAUCUUCAUGCUGGCCUGGCUCGGAGUCACUGCUUUCACCUCCCUGCCGGUCUUCAUAUACUUCAACAUCUGGAACAUCUGCCAAAACACUACCGUGCUGGAAGGGGCCACACUCUGCCUGGACCCACGCCAGUAUGGCAUCGUGCCAAUCGCUGACGCGAAAACCGUGUGUGCUGGAUCGGAGAAAUUCUUCAAGAUGUGUGAAUCCAAUGAGCUCGACAUGACGUUCCACUUGUUCAUCUGUGCCCUCGCUGGAGCAGGAGCUGCUGUCAUUGCUAUGAUCCACUACUUGAUGGUGCUGUCCGCCAACUGGGCCUACGUGAAGGACGCCUGCCGAAUGCAGAAGUACGAGGACAUCAAGUCGAAGGAGGAGCAGGAGCUUCACGACAUCCACUCCACCCGCUCCAAGGAGCGUCUCAACGCAUACACAUAAAGAGCAGCGGGAGGCCUGGCCCUGACCCACUCCGACCUCUCUCUCCCUCCCUCUCUUUCUCUCUCUCCUCUCCCCCUUUCUGUCUCUCUCUGUCUCUCUACCAUCCCCUCCCGAGGGGGGGCGGAUGGCGCCUAGGGCCCUCACCACCGCUGAUGUCACUGGUGCGUCAUAUGACAAUGUGGUCUGGGGGGGGAAACGUCACUCAAACUCUCCAGUCACAAACAGCAUUUCAGAUGAAACAAGCCCCUUUACCUCUCUCAUGGAUGGUGUUACGAUUAUCGUUAUGGCAGUUAUACUAUUCUUGAAUACAAGUUGUUUAGUGCUGAUAGUAGUGUUAGUGUAGUAUGUAGAAUCAGAAGUAGCAGUAGUAUUUCUCCUUUUUUUUUUUUUACUUUGAAUAAGUUUUGCGUAAUAUUGUUUUAUUUUUCUUUUGAGUUUUUUUUUUAAAAGUGUCAUUUUGCUCUCAUGCAUUAUUUAUUUUUUGCUGAUUUCUGAGGGGGUCAACAGGGGCUUAAAACGGUUUUCAAGCACAUUUCUCAUGUCGUGUGUGUGUGUGUGUGUGGAGAUUUCAUCUUCAAAAACUAUGUACUGUAACGGGUGGUUAGUUUUGGAAAUAUUUUUAAACUCACAAUGCAACAAUAGGAAGCAGCGUAAGCCUUUGUCAUACCAGUAUUCCCAGGGAUCAAAAAAACACUUUCACGUGAAAGUAAUUCAAUCUGUUUUUUCUAUUUGAAGUUACACAGUAGCAAGAAGACACAAAUACCAAAUCGUUAGAUUAAAACAAAUAUUGCUAGAUGUGCCAAGCCUGUUAAACAGGAGACAACAAGUUUGAUAGCUAUCAAAGAUGGAAAUUAGUUAAUUAAAUAGAAAUUAUGGCUUAUUUUAUAAUAAUCCUGCCAUUUUAAAUGUAUUUUAGGACUGUGAAUGAUUCCAUUGUCUUUGAAUCACGAGCCACAAAAAGCACAUGUAAACAUGCUUUCAUGACCAAUUUUUUAAUUUCUUAAAAGUGGAACUUUAUAAAUAUGAAACUCCUGUUUUGGCAGAACUCUGCACUGUAAAUACUGAUAUAUCAAAGCAUACCUAUAUGUUAACCACUGACGUUAAGGGAUAGUUCGGGUGAGAAGGAAGAGGUCACCGUACGUCCACUUUUAGUCUCAACUGGAAAAUAAACCCUGACGGUGUGAAGUGUUGUUGGUGUGAUGGCACUAUCCUUGGUGGAAUUAUCAGAUGUCAGAACGUGUGUGUCACAGUAAUUUUGUUCAUGACAGUAACUGUAUUGCUUACACAUCUCGAUGCCAUACAACUACAAACAUGUCGGCUCAUCGGCUGGCAACGUUUGUUUUGUCAGUAUUUCAAAAAUAUUAAAAAAAGCUAGUUUCAUGCACUUAUUUGAUCAUUUCUGUGCUCUAUCUCUAGAUGUAAGCGCAUUGAUGUUCAACUCAAAGUUGGAUAACUGUACUGUUAGUAAAGACUGUGAAUUUAGAUGUUUCUCGUGGCAUGGACAUGCAUUAAUAUAGUCUUAUUGACUCAAACGUUACUUUACUUCACUUCUUUAUUUUGACGAUUAUGACUGUCUUGCUGGAUCAACCCUUUGUUUAUAUGUGCAGUACUUAACCCCCCCACGCUUACCGCAUUAUGCUACUGAUAAUAGAGACUGUAGUCUUUGAUUUGUGUCUGUUUAGUUUGUGAUGAGCUCUCAACCAUGUCUUAAAACUAAUACCAACAUUGCUUACUAUGUAGUGAUCUGAAAAAAAAAAACGCUCUCUGCUUUUUCCUUGUAUUAGUCUUUUGUACUUUCACUACGAAUGCUUCUAG